AUGAGAUUAUUUAUUACAUUGGCCAUCGCAUCCUUUGGGGUGAUGGGAGUGCUCUCCCAAGGAGGAGGAGGAGGUGAGGAAGAGUACGGUCAUCACCGCGAACGUGGAACAGUGAUCGGACUUAGCCGAGGAAUCGAAGUCGGACGUGGCCACUACGGCGGCGGCGAAGAGGAGCGGGGCCAUGAAGAGCGCGGAGGAGGCGGCGGUGGCGGCGGCGGCGGCGGCGGCGAAGUCGGCUUUGGCGGAUCUCACUUUAUCACCCCCGUUGAAGUGCACCACGAAGAACAAAUUCAUCUUAAAGCCCAUCCCGAAUAUCACUACGAAUACCGCAUCCGUGACCACAAAACCAAGGAUUAUCACCAGAAACAUGAAGUGCGUGAUGGAUACAAAGUAAAGGGAACCUACAGUUUGUUGGAACCUGAUCACAAGACCGUCCGUGUAGUCGACUACACCUCCGACAAGAAGCGAGGAUUCGUCGCUAGAGUGUCUUACAAACCACAUUAUUAA